GGACGCCCCGGCGUCGUCCGGCGCGGGGAAGCGGCGGCGGGCCCCGCUGCUGCCCGUUCAGUCUGCGUGGUAGCGGAGGUCCGCGUCGGCUUCCUCGGCCUUUCGCCUUUCCCCUUGUCCCGGCCUCCGUGGCCCGGGCGGCUGGCCCGUCGUGAUGUGGUCGGCGCGCCCGGCGCGGCCCCGCUGAAGCUCGGCGAGGCGGCGAGCGCGGCUCGGGGUCACCAUGCCUACCCGAGUGUGUUGCUGCUGUUCUGCUCUGCGUCCUCGCUACAAACGCCUGGUGGACAACAUAUUCCCUGAAGAUCCAAAAGUAAUUUGAUCUACAUCUACUGAUCCUUCUCUUUGCUGACCCAUCCUUCCCCCCUGCUGAUCUCCCUAAGGAUGGUCUCGUUAAAGCCGAUAUGGAGAAAUUGACAUUUUAUGCUGUAUCUGCUCCAGAGAAACUGGAUCGAAUUGGUUCUUACCUGGCAGAAAGGUUGAGCAGGGAUGUUGUCAGACAUCGUACUGGGUAUGUUUUAAUUGCUAUGGAGGCAUUAGACCAACUUCUUAUGGCCUGCCAUUCUCAAAGCAUCAAGCCAUUUGUAGAAAGCUUUCUUCAUAUGGUAGCAAAACUGCUGGAAUCAGGGGAACCAAAGCUUCAAGUUCUCGGAACAAAUUCUUUUGUCAAAUUUGCAAAUAUUGAAGAAGACACACCAUCGUAUCAUAGACGUUACGAUUUUUUUGUAUCUCGCUUCAGUGCCAUGUGUCACUCCUAUCAUAGUGAUCCAGAAACACGAACAGAAAUCCGAAUUGCUGGAAUCAGAGGUAUUCAAGGUGUGGUUCGUAAAACAGUAAAUGAUGAACUUCGGGCUACCAUUUGGGAGCCUCAGCAUAUGGAUAAAAUUGUUCCAUCCCUGCUGUUCAACAUGCAAAAGAUAGAAGAGGUUGACAGUCGCAUAGGCCCUCCUCCUUCUCCUUCAGCAGCAGACAAAGAAGAGAAUCCCGCUGUGCUGGCUGAAAACUGCUUCAGAGAACUGCUGGGCCGGGCGAGCUUUGGGAAUAUGAAUAACGCUGUGAGACCAGUUUUUGCGCAUUUGGAUCAUCACAAGCUAUGGGAUCCCAAUGAGUUUGCAGUUCACUGCUUUAAAAUUAUAAUGUAUUCCAUUCAGGCUCAGUAUUCUCACCAUGUAAUCCAGGAGAUUCUUGGACACCUUGAUGCUUGUAAAAAAGAUUCGCCACGAGUUCGAGCAGGUAUUAUUCAGGUUCUAUUAGAGGCUGUUGCCAUUGCUGCUAAAGGUUCCAUAGGACCCACAGUGCUGGAAGUCUUCAACACCCUGUUGAAGCAUCUGCGUCUCAGUGUUGAAUUUGAAGCAGAUGAUUUACAGGGAGGCUCUGUAGGCAGUGCCAGCUUAAACACAGGUCCCAGAGACAGCGAUGAGAAGAUUGUGCAGAACGCCAUCAUCCAAACAAUAGGAUUUUUUGGAAGUAACCUACCAGAUUAUCAGAGGUCAGAAAUCAUGAUGUUCAUUAUGGGGAAAGUACCUGUUUUUGGGACAUCUACACAUACUUUGGAUAUCAGUCAAUUAGGGGAUUUGGGAACCAGGCGGAUUCAAAUAAUGUUGUUGAGAUCUUUGCUUAUGGUAACUUCUGGAUACAAAGCAAAGACAAUAGUUACUGCACUGCCAGGGUCUUUUCUGGAUCCCUUACUAUCACCGUCACUUAUGGAAGACUAUGAACUGAGACAGUUAGUCUUGGAAGUAAUGCAUAAUCUCAUGGAUCGCCAUGACAACAGGGCAAAGCUUCGAGGGAUCAGAAUAAUACCAGAUGUGGCUGACCUAAAAAUAAAAAGAGAAAAAAUUUGUAGACAAGACACAAGUUUCAUGAAAAAGAAUGGGCAGCAGCUAUAUCGGCACAUAUAUUUGGGCUGUAAAGAGGAAGACAAUGUUCAGAAAAACUAUGAGCUGCUUUAUACUUCUCUUGCUCUUAUAACUAUUGAAUUGGCCAACGAAGAAGUAGUUAUUGAUCUCAUUCGAUUAGCCAUUGCUUUACAGGACAGUGCAAUUAUCAAUGAAGAUAAUUUGUCAAUGUUCCAUCGUUGUGGAAUCAUGGCGCUGGUUGCUGCAUACCUCAACUUUGUAAGUCAGAUGAUAGCUGUUCCUGCGUUUUGCCAGCAUGUUAGCAAGGUUAUUGAAAUUCGAACUAUGGAAGCCCCUUAUUUUCUACCAGAGCAUAUUUUCAGAGAUAAGUGCAUGCUUCCAAAAUCUUUAGAGAAGCAUGACAAAAAUCUGUACUUUUUGACCAACAAGAUUGCAGAGUCACUAGGGGGCAGUGGCUAUAGUGUUGAGAGGUUGUCAGUCCCAUACGUACCGCAGGUGACAGAUGAAGAUCGACUUUCUAGAAGGAAGAGUAUUGUGGACACCGUAUCCAUUCAGGUGGAUAUUUUACCCAACAGCAUUCCUUCUGAUGAUGUGGUUAGUAACACUGAAGAAAUCACCUUUGAAGCACUGAAGAAAGCAAUUGAUACCAGUGGAAUGGAAGAACAGGAAAAGGAAAAGAGGCGUCUAGUGAUAGAGAAAUUCCAGAAAGCACCUUUUGAAGAAAUAGCAGCACAGUGUGAAUCCAAAGCAAAUCUGCUUCAUGAUAGACUUGCUCAAAUAUUGGAACUCACCAUACGUCCUCCUCCCAGUCCGUCGGGAACGCUGACCAUUACUUCUGGGCACGCCCAAUACCAGUCUGUCCCAGUCUACGAGAUGAAGUUUCCAGAUCUGUGUGUGUACUGAGUGGCUCAUGAAAGACCUCAGCAAAAAGCCUAAAAACUCAGGCCAAGCUGAUGUUUCAGGGUUUACUUUACUGAAAAUUAUUACGGAAUUUAUCUUUAACCAAAUGCUUGGCAUACCAGGUUAGAAAUUUUGUAGCUAUUAUGAUUUAGAGUACUUCUGAAGAUGGGUUUAUGCCAUGUUAAUUUUUUAUUUUUAGUACCUGUUGGCUUUUAAAAUUGAACAUAUAUUGGUCUCACAUUAAUUCAUUGUUAAAUAGUAUAUUUAAAGCCUUUCACAAACAUACAGUUAAAAAAUUAAGCCUUCCAGAGUUGAAGAUGUAUGAAGUGUCUAGUGUAUUUCUUAAACAUCUAGGCAACUGCUUAAAAUUAGAACUGCUUUUGUUUUUGUCUGCAAAAGCGAAAACAUACAAAUAUAUUAAUCUUGGGGCUGUAAAACUGUCCUGUGGCUUUUUGUCCCCAUGUUUUGGAUGUUGUGAUCGGCAUCCUUCUGUUCGUUCACUUCAAUAGUUUGUGACUGUCAUUCCUCAACUUGUCUAUGGUAAUGACAUUUGCUGAGUAAUAGUCCUAGAAUAUGACCCCAAAAUCUCCAUACGUCUAAGUGUCUGGUUCUUGUAAUACUGUGUUUUCUGCCAAAAGUUUGACCAUUCUACUUGAGAGUCUUAGAACUUAACCUUGGAGUACCAAAUUGUGCAAUAUUUUUUACAUCAUAAGAUGUAUUUAGUUUACAGACUAUACUUUGAAAUUAUAGUAGUAUUUUUGCUGUGGCUCCAUUAAUUAAAUGAGCUAUAUAUUUAGUAUAGGAAAAAAAGACAUUUAAAACAGCUACUAGUUCACCUGUGAAGAGUGUGUACAUUUUAAUUUCUCCUGAGAACACAUUAAUUUACAUUUUUAUAUGGUGCAUUGUUUUAAAUCCUUACAGUCAAAAAAGUGCCCCAAAUGGAGUUUUAGCUUGUAAGAUUUGAACUGUAGCUUAUAUGCAUUUCUGUUUAGGAUUCAUGAUACUACAUUUGAAAAGAGUGCCUAUGGGUUUAGCCAUUAAGUGUGCUAAAAGGUUGUCAGUUUAAGCUCGUGUUGAUUUAAUAAGCUACCAGGAUUACAUGUGCUGACAAACACACAGUGUUUUCUUAAAAUUAUGUACAUUUUAGUGAAUUCCAUCACACAGCAAAAAUGAACAACUUUCUUUGCAGCUCUUAUACAAUUAUUUUAGGACAUUUUUAUAAAAUAGUCUGUUUAUAAUUCUACCUUUUCAGGUUUUUGAUUCCUUUUUACAUCAAACAAUAUACAUAUCACAGAUUAUGACCCAAAAAACAAUUGAAUUUUAGCUUUAGCUUUUGUUUAAAAAAUCGCAGUGAAGAAUGACUUUGUGUUUACAAUUAUUUGGGCACUUUCAGUAGAAACAAGAUAGAACAAGUAUACUCGAAAUUUUUUUGAAUAUUUAAACCAAAGUACAGCAUUCUUGAAACAUCUUGCAAAAGAUUCUAGUCUUUGAAACCUGUCAAGCAUCCUUGGUGGUUUUUUCAAUGUAGAGAAACAAGACAUUGUUUUCCAAAUAAUAGUGCGGUCACCACUGGGCUUAAACGGCCCUAUUGCAGCUAUCACUGUAACUUUAGCUCCUGACCAGGUAAAAACGUUUCAGCAUUUAAUAGGCCAAUUUUUAUGUUUUUCUUUAUUUUUCCUUUUUUUUUUUCUGUAUUUUUAAAGAAAGAUAUUAACUCGAUUGUGAAAAAUCUAAGCAGGGGGACAUGCAAAAACAAUCAUCAUCCACUUGGAUGUCAUUUUAUAGAUUAACACUGUGUGCUUUUGUAUGAAAAAUAUAUAUAAUUUAAUAGUAUAAGAAAAGAAGAUAUAUAUUCAUUUGCACUCAUGCAAAACAAACUUUGCUGGACAAAAUUUCAUGUUUCUCUGUGAUUUAAAAAUGCAUGUAUAGCAUGUGAAGGAAAAUCAUUUCAGUUAAUGUUUAUCACAUUUUUCUUGUGGUCUGUUUGUAAACAGUUGAUUUGGGUUGGGGGGGGAUUUUCUUGUUGUAGUUGUUUUUAAAUCACAGUAGACUUCUGUAUAUGCUAGAUUACUGAACUGCUCUCAUUAACGAUUCGUAAGAAAUGUGGGUUCUUGUCCUUGGCUUGCUGUCCCUUCCAGGAGAUUGCAGGAGAUCAUGCAAGUCAUAGGUAUGCGUGCUAUUUUAGUAUAGCCGGUUUGGGUACUGAACGUUUAGGAUGUAUUGAAGUUCACUGUAUUGCUAUAUUUUUGUAGAUAUUUAAAACUCAAUAAAAACAGUUCAUUGUUCUCUC